CAAAUAUGCAAACCCUUCUAUAGCUGGAUCCCGAUUUCUUCUCCGUUGUUUUGGUUUCCCCCGAGAAAAUUCCACAAGGCCAUGGCUCCUAAACCCAAAACCCAGACUUCACAGCCUCCUCCUACAAUCGAAGAUCUCUUCGCUUCUCUUAAUAGGCAUAUCAACCAAUCUGAAUAUGAACAAGCCGUGAAGGUCGCUGAUAAAGUUUUAUCGAUUGCACCUGCCGAUGAGGAUGCGAUCCGAUGCAAAGUUGUGGCUCUAAUCAAAGACGAUAAGAUCGAUGAUGCUCUCUCCGUAAUUCAAUCGUUCCACAAGGUUCCAAUCGAUCUAGGGUAUCAAAAGGCAUAUUGCUUGUACCGUCAAAACAAUUUAGACGAGGCUUUAGCGUGUUUAAGAGGUCGAGAGAGAGAUCCAGAUACUUUGCUUUUGGAGGCUCAGAUUCUGUACCGUCUGGGAAAAACAGAUGAUUGUGUGGAUGUGUAUCAGAAACUGAUAAAGUCCCAGGUUGAAUCGGCAGAGGUCAAUUUCGUCGCGGGUUUGGUUUCAGGUGGAAAAGCUUCUCAAGUGCAAAGAGCAUUGGAGUCAUUUAGGAUCAAACCAACUAGUAGUUUUGAGUUGGCUUUUAACACUGCUUGCUCUUUGAUUGAAAAAAAUAAUUACGCCGACGCAGAACAACUUUUGCUAGCUGCCAGGAGAAUUGGACAGGAAACAUUAACGGAUGAUGGUUUUGCUGAUGAGGAUAUUGAGAAUGAGCUGGCCCCAAUUUCUGUCCAAUUAGCAUAUGUCCAGCAGCUCAUUGGAAAAAAUCAAGAAUCCACCAGCUCUUAUGUAGACUUCAUUAAACGAAACCUGGACGAUGAACCGUCACUUGCUGUUGCUGUGAACAACCUUAUUGCAUUGAAAGGUUCAAAAGAUGUUUCUGAUGGCCUGAGGAAGCUUGAUCGGCUGAAAGAAAAAGACUCCCAAAUUUUUCAGCUUUCCCAAGCGCUUGAUGCGAAGCUUUCACAGAAACAUAAGGAAGCUAUAUAUACCAAUCGCGUCCUUCUCCUCCUCCAUGCAAAUAAGAUAGAUCAGGCACGAGAACUUUGUGCUGCACUUCCAGGCCUGUUUCCUGAGAGUGUGACUCCUACAUUGCUUCAAUCUGCUGUUUUGGUGAGAGAGAACAAGGCUGCCAAAGCUGAAGAACUUUUGGGCCAGUGUGCCGAAAAGUUCCCGGAAAAGUCUAAGUCGGUUCUCUUGGCCAGGGCACAAAUCGCUGCUUCUGCCAGUCAUCCUCAUGUAGCAGCAGAGUCCCUGUCCAAAAUAACUGAUAUCCAGCAUCAGCCUGCAACUGUUGCCACCAUUGUCGUCCUCAAAGAGCGUGCUGGGGACAAUGAUGGUGCUGCUGCUGUUCUUGACUCAGCAAUCAAGUGGUGGUCUAAUUCGAUGAUCGAGAACAACAAGCUUAGCAUAUUGAUGCCGGAGGCUGCUUCCUUCAAGCUCAGGCAUGGUCAAGAAGAGGAGGCUUCACGGCUAUAUGAGGAGAUUGUGAAAACCCACAGAAGCACAGAUGCUCUGGUUGGUCUUGUGACCACACUUGCUCGCGUCAAUGUCGAGAAAGCAGAAACUUACGCGAAACAACUAAAGCCGUUGCCUGGGCUAAAGGCCGUUGAUGUGGAUAACUUAGAGAAGACCUCUGGUGCUAAACCCAUGGAAGGUGCUGCUGCUGCUGCUGCUGAUUCAUCGAUGCAGGAAGAUGUGAAGAACAAAGAGAAGGCAAAGAGGAAGAGAAAGAGAAAGCCAAAGUAUCCCAAAGGAUUCGAUCCUGCAAACCCUGGUCCACCUCCAGACCCUGAAAGGUGGCUUCCCAGAAGGGAAAGGUCAAGUUACAGACCCAAGAGGAAAGACAAGCGAGCAGCUCAGAUCCGUGGCUCGCAAGGUGCAGUGACCAAGCAAGAUAAACAAGAAGCAGCUCCUUCAACUUCAAAGUCGAACCAAGCGACCACUAAGAGUGAUCAUCCGAAACCUUCUUCCUCUAAGGCCUCAAAAAAGAAGUCUAGGAGAUGAACAAACAAUCCUUAAGAUUUUCUCGUCUUUCCUAAGAAAAUGACUACUUAAAAUCACAACAUAAGAGUUCGAUUACCAUUGUUUCUUUUUUUUUUUCUUGGGAUUUAUCAAGUUUUAGUUGUCUCGACCCUUUUAAGAUUUUGGUUAACUUAUCGUUUGCAUUUUAUUGAA